AUUGUCAAUUUUUCUUGCAUUAAUUUGGAGUUGUUUGUAAAACAAUAUCGACCAACCACCAACUUCACUUUGAUAUAUGUUAAUCCCGGUGGCUGCUGGGAUAUGUAUACCUUGUCUACAAUGGCGGACUGACAGAGAUACAGUACUUGAUGCAGAGGUGGAGUGACAGUAGACGAAGCAUCUGAAGACUGAUUGUCACAUGGCCAUCAACCAGGACAGCUUCAAGUUCAAGGUUUAUAGAGCCAGGGAAUGUGAAGGUCCACAUCUGGUUUAUUUGGAAACCUGAAAAGUGGAAGGUGACUCCAAACCUGCUCGGGGAGGAGUCCAGAAUGGAAGGUCAGGGGGACUGUACCAAUCAGGAGGGAGGGGUGACAGGCAACAAUAAGAUCAGCACAGAAGACUUGGUUAUUACUCAGGAUUCAGUAGGAGCCGUCUCUGAGUUGGACCAGACCUCUGCUAUACAGACAGGCAAAGAGCAGCCUACUACUGAAGGUAUUGCAUCAGUGUCAGCACAUAGACCACAAAUCAACGAAACCUCUGAAAAUAACUUCACCAACAUCCAGGAUUUGGACAGUCAUACCGUAGAAGAAAGUGCUAAGAGUCAAGACAGUGCUGAGAAUCCUCAGUCUCUUAAACUUCAUUCUACACCAGACACGGGAGGUGAGGUAAUUCCAGGAAUUGAUUCUAGUGGACAGUCAGUGAAUGCUAUGCUCGCAGAAGGAUAUGGCAAGCCUACUGCUAGCAGAGACAGCUCCUCUUCCAAUGAUAUAGAUAGCAAAGACAAUGCACUGAUUGAUGACAAGAAACGUCCGGUAACUGAUCCUUACAACAUUAGCGAACAAACAACAGACCUGAAGGACAUCAGCCAAACAGAACAGAUAAUGCCAAACGAUCAAAAGAAAUCUGAUAAUGCUAGCCUGCCACUUGUCCAAGCAAAAUGUACUGAAGGGUCUAAUCCAUAUCCUGUGGACUGUGCAAAGGAUACUCAUUGGGGAUUGAUCCCAAAGCCAAUGUCAUUUCACAGACCACAAUGGUACAAUCUUCUGUUAGCGCCAAGGAAAACUUUAUGCAUUACACAGAAACUACAAUAGACUGUCAUGAAAUUGUACUUAAUACAGCAACAACAAAAGAUGUUACAGAAUCAAGUGUAAGUGAUGAGGAGGAUGGUAUCAGGAUGGAGUCAGUACAUCAGAGCCCAGCUGAACUAAACAGGAGGGUAGAAGAAAGCUAUGAAGCUACAGAAAGUAAAGUGAAUGCAGGAGAAAUGAUUCAGUCAAGCAAGCAAGAUACAACAAGCUCUAUAGAUCUAGUAGGAGGCAAGAAAUCUGUGAAAGGAGAUUCUAUAGAGCAUGAUGUGCCUGGGGAACUUAUCAACAAAAUCAGUACCAAUCUGCAGACGGAGUUGUCAAAACAGACUGUAAACAAUCAGCAUGAAAGAAGCUACCAACAGGAAGAAAGUUUACCCACUUGCAAGGAGGGCUCAGAAGAGAAUAACAAGGAAGAAUGCAAGCAGAAUGUAAUUGCUGGUGGACAAAAUGAAACUGAGGAAGAAGAAACGAUGAUGUUCUCAGAAAAGGGCAUGACAGCAGAGGAGCUUGCUGAUAUCUCAGAGUUUGACUCCACUGUUGAAAACGUGGCAGAAAAUGUGACCUUAAACUCAGUGACUGAAGUAGAAACUUCUGAAGAACAGAUGGAUAACUUGACUUUUGAAACUGCUACAGAAGAUGGGGACCCAGAAUCAGCUGAGUCAUCGCUAGAGGCCCCGACCUGUCAUUUGGACCUUGGCCUUCCAACCUUAGAGAUGCCAUUAGGUGAGAAUCGCAUCAGUGUGUACAGUGAUGGGGAUGAUAGUCAAGAGUCAUUGAAAAAAAUUGGGCAAGAAGAUGAACUAGACAAAGAUGCAGUUCCAAGUGGAAAAGACAUUAAAGACAAGAAAGGAGAAGAAAACCUGGAGUCUAGCUGUAAAGAAAAUGUGGACAUAUUACAUGUACCAGCUUCCAGUACUGAGGCUCCAAAUGAAGAUGUAAACAUGAAUUUUGGGACCAUUGCAGAAGGUGUAGACUGUAAAGAAGCUACAUCAGUGGCAGAGAGCUUUUUAACAGAGAGCCCUGGAGAUAGCAAGAACGAGACUUGCAAUUCAAAUAUGAUCACACCAUCUGAUAGAAAUCAGACUAAAGGUGAAAUGAUUGAUAAUAGUCCAAUUGAAGAAAACAUUUUUUCAUCUGACGAGACUUCAGCUCCCUUAGACUUGACAACAGCAAUGAAAGGCGCCAAAGGAAAUGAUCAGGAGGCAAGUUCAGCACCAAGGCCGUAUAAGGGGAGAUCAAUUUGGGAUGCUGUGAAACCAAUAGAAAACAACCUUCAGAACAAGAAAGAAGCCGUAUUACAAGAAAAGACAGAAGCGACAGAAAUCAUCCAGUUCUGGAAAAAGAAAUUCCAGUGUAAGUACUGCAGCUAUCAUGCCCAAAGUGAAGCUGACAUCAAGCAUCACACUCAGCAGAAACAUGCUAAAACUCGGGAGGAAGAGAAGGGAAAUGAACUGCCUGGGGAGAAAGAUGGGACAGAAACAGGAAAGGAGGAGAGAAAGCCUGCUCAACAGGACCAAACAUUUUUGAAACUCGUGAUCCCUAUUGUGAAGAAACAAAAACUCUUCACCAAAGAGAGCAAAGAUGAAGAAGGUUGUGAGGAAGAUAAGGAAAUACAUGAAAAAGACAAGGAUGCACUUUCAACAAUAGCAGAUGCCCAUAAGAAAGAGAAAGAGAAAACUGACUGGUACAAAUGCACACAUUGUUCCUAUCAGUCCAACUCUGUCAAGGGUCUCUGCGGGCACAUGGCUGUUCAUGCCAAGAGAUUCAAGUGUCAGAAAUGUGACUUUGCUGGCAAAACUGUGAAAGAUUUACAGAGGCACAUGAUCAAGGUCCACAGGAGUUCUAACUCUGACCUAUUGGAAGCAAAGAAGAGGAGCCCUGUGAAGAGAGGAGCAGAAACUUCAAGUAAAGUGUUGGGGAAGCAGGCUUUGACACACAAGGCGAGGAAGUCAAUGUCACCCCCAGCAAAGCCAAAGAAUGUCAUUUUCAACAACGUAGAGUCCGUGGCAGAGGAGCAGGAUGUGGACGUGUCGCGUGUGUUUGUCAACCACAAGACGUACCCCAACGGCUGUACGUACUGUCCGUACACCUCCAUCAGCGUGCCUGAGUUACAGGCACACAUGGUGCACCACCAGGCCACCACUGGGCUCCCCUGCACCUUCUGUUCAUACAAGGCUGAAGACAAGUCAACCCUCAUGUCCCACAUGGAGGUUCACUAUGCAGGGUUUGCCUACAAGUGUAACCACUGUGGCCACCUGUCACCCACACAGGAACAAGCACUGCAGCACUUUGACUCUGUCUGUCAAAUCAAACCCAAGCCUGAGACAAGCAGCCCGAGCAAAAAACAACGCACAAAAGGGGCAUCACCAAGCAAAGGACAAAAACAUCUGAACAGCAAGAACAAGCUAGAUUCCCAGAGUGAAAGUGCACAAGACAGUGGAGAGGCAUCUGAUGACUCAGAUAUCCUCACCAUCCUGCAAGAGCCUCCCAAGUAUUCCUACCAGUGCCCACACUGCCCUUUCACUGUGACUGGCAAGGCUAAACUAAACCAGCACAUAGCUGGGCACUCCAAGGAGGAAGGCCACAAGUGCGACUUGUGUAGCUACCGAGCCACCACUACAGCAAAGUUGUCCAAACACCUCAGGGUUCACCAGCUGAUAGGACGGUUCAAGUGCAAGCACUGUCGCUUCUGGUCCGUCUACAAGGACAGAGUGAAGCAGCACUUACAGACAGAGUGCAAGCUUAAGGGCAGUGGGAAAGAAGGAAAGAGUGUUGUAAAAGUACAACAGAAAGAGACAGGGAAUAUAUGGACAUCAAGUGUGGAUGAGACCAACUCAGAUAUUGUCUCUAUGGUAAAGGAUCCAAACCAGUAUAGCCACAGGUGCCCCCACUGUCCAUUUUCCUCUGCCUCUCCCACCCAGAUAGAGAGCCACAUUGCGCAGCACUUUCGUGAGGAGGGUGCUCAGUGUGACGAGUGCACCUUCUGGGCCAUCAGUGACGGCAUGCUGAGGAAACACAAGCGUGUGCACCAGAAGCUGGGCAAGUACAAGUGUAAAUACUGUACCUACUGGUCCUGGUACAGGGAAAAGGUGCAGACACAUCUGGAGAAGUGCAAGCUCAAUCCUGGAAGGACUGCUACAGAAGAAGAAACUGCAGAGCCGGACAACACAGCAAAGGAAAAGGAGAAAACGGAAAACAAAGCCAAACGAGAGUCCUACUCGAGAUGGGAUGACAGUGAUGAUGAAGACAUUAUUGUCAAAGUGAAGAAAACACUACGCACUGGGCACAAGUGCCCACAUUGCCCCUUUGUUGCUUCCAAUGUAGGAAAGCUGUCCAUUCAUCUUCCAAAUCAUGACAGAGCAGAUGGUGUCAAAUGUCACAAAUGUAACUUCCGAGCUUCCAGUGAGCAGCUACUCAGCUUUCAUAAGAGGGUGCAUCAAAGAGGUGUGAGAACCUACCACUGCGUUCACUGUUCCUUCUGGUCAUGGUACAAGGACAGGGUGAAGAAGCACUUGGAGGGAGGGUGUCAGGAGAAGAAAAAGGAAAAGUCUAGUGGCAAUGAUGAAAACACUUCUGAGAAAAGGUCAAAGAAGGACUUGGCCACAAAAGCAGCUAAAAAUGAGUCUGAGGUCAAUGAAGAAAUGUCUACAUCACAGGUUGACACAGAUGCUGAUCUUGGAGAGCUCACAGAAGAAACAAGCAGCGCCUCUUUAAAGCCCAUUGUGCAGAUGGAGGGGGAGGAAAAGAUGCCCGGACAGAAAAUGGAAGAAAUCGGAGAAAACCUGGAUGACAUCAUCAAGAUUGAACAGGGAUUGGAGCCAAAGUAUGGCCUGAAGUGUCCACACUGUCCGCUGACGACUGCCAGCGCCGACUCUUACCAGCAGCACCUUAAAAGGCAUGAAUCAAAGGAGGGAAUCAAGUGUACCAAGUGCUCAUUCAAGGCUCUGACUGCAGGCAGGCUUCAAGUUCAUAAGAAGGUCCACUUUAGGAAGUUCAUAUACCAGUGCAGGCACUGUACCUUCAUUGGCGAGUCUAAGGAAGAAGUUGUUGAGCACCUGGCGAACUGCGCAAAAAAAGUCAAACGAGACCUGGAGGCAAGAGACAAGAAGGAGGCGGAUGAAGUUGUGGUAAGCAGAGGCUAUCGGCAGUACAGUAUGAACUGCCCCCACUGCCCGUACACCACAGGCAAUGCCAAGUGUAUGAAGGCCCACCAGCAAAGGCACAUGAAUCAGGAUGGGAUACAGUGCGAGCGCUGUUCCUUCAAUGCCCUGAGCCCAGGAAAGAUGGCAAAGCACAUGAAAGUGCACCAAACAGGGGGAGGGUUCAAGUGCAAGUACUGUAUGUUCUUCUCCUCCUACCGUGGCCAUGUGCUACAGCAUUUGAAAGUCUGUAAGGACAGAGCAAGUACGGUGAAGAAGAAAACAAUUGGUGAUGAUGAUAUUGUUGGAACAUCAGAGGAGGCGGGAAAAGGCCAGUCCAAUGUGCCAGAAUCUUUGCAUGAUGCUGUGGAGAAAGAUGAAAUUGGUCCAUAUAGUGAAGUAGAGGUUCUCAAGCCAAACAAUAUGAGCAACCAUAAGUACAACUGUCCCUACUGUCCCCACAGUGCCUUGUCAUCGGCAACUUUGGAAACACACGUACAACGGCACUUCAUCAACGAUGGUCCCAAGUGCAAGUUCUGCACAUACAGAGCUCUGAACGCCAGUGGACUGUACGGCCAUGAACGUCUGCACUGGAGAGGUUGCUUCAAGUGUAAAUACUGUGCGUACAUAGCACCACACCGCAGGAGGGUCCUGGAGCAUCUGGCAGAAUGUCCGGGUAAACGUAUUCUGUCUGGUACUGCUAAAGAUACCACAGAUGGUGACAGGAGAGAUGUACUUGAAAUCCUGACUGAUACCAACAUCCUCAGUCAAGUAGAAGAAGGGAAGGGGCAGAAGAGGAAGGAUCCUGAUCCUGUGGAAGUGUCAGACAAAGAUGUCAUGAUUGCUUAUAAGAAACAGAUAGUCAAACAACACAAGUGUCCGCACUGCCCUUAUUCAGCGUCGGGCCCAGCCCUUCUGGAACCCCACGUGGUGAGGCACUCUGAUACAGGCAGCGGCUUCAAGUGUGACCUGUGCAACUACAGGGCAGCAAGCUUUGGAUGGCUCAACAACCACAGGAAGGUGCACCAAGAUGGGCACUUCUUCAAGUGUAAGUACUGUGCAUAUUGGUCCCCUGUCAAGGACGAGGUACUGUCGCAUGUGGCUAAGAAGCACCAUGUGAGUUCUGAAGAGAAGAAAAUGAAAGUGGAAGGGCCAUUGACAGUGGAAGCAGCAGUUGGCGCUAGUCAGGCUACCAGUACUGCAGGAAGGGCAGCAGCUCCAAGUCUCAUGGACACGGUAAAAAGGCUGGGAGAAGCACUUCGCUCUUCACCUGUACCUAUGGCUUCAGACGCCCAAACCAAAACUGAUGUGGAUGCAGCAUUGCUAUCACCAGACAAGACAACUCAGGGGGCACUCAAGAGGAAAGAAGGUGCUGACAGGAACCUUGUGGUGACACUGAAGAAGACAAAGACAGAAAAUGGUGAGGCGAUUUGGCAAACAGAAGAGAGCAAGGGUUGCCCCUACAAGGAUUGCAAGAAGAGGGUUGAGUCAGCCAGUGCCUUUGUAGCUCAUCUUGCAGAGCACUCCGGGGCAGCACUAACACCAAACAGUAGUGGACAGCUGCCACAGACGACUCAGCGGCCCUCUGUACAGACUGUCCAGCAGCCGUCCAUCCCUCAGCAGCAGGUACCUUCCCAGCAGCCAUUGCCUGCUGCCCAGCGUCCGCAGCCCCUACUGCAGCAGGCAGGUGCAGCCCCGUUGCAGCAUCCCUCACUCCUGCAGCAGCAGCAGCUGGCCAUGUUUCAGUCACAACAGACCCUCCUGCAACAGCCGCCACAACCCCUCCUGCAACAGCCACAACAGACCCUCCUGCAACAGCCACAACAGACCCUCCUGCAGCAGCCACCACAACCCCUCCUGAACUCACUACAGCUCAUGCCCGCUAACCCCACAGCCCCUGCAGGCUUGGUCAAGCCUUCUGAAAACAUUGGUGCCAACCAGCCCGCAGUGCUAAGUCAGGGGCAGGCGGCUAACCCACAGAACCGGCAGGUGUUCUUGGUGAGCGGUCUCCAGCAGAACCUGGGAGGUUUUGCACUCUUUGUUCCAUACACGUCAGGAGCACAGUCGUCCCCGCAGGUGGCGGGUGGGAGCGUGGUCACAGCGGGAGUCCAGAACCCUCAACCAACACAGGCCAGCUCUGUGUCACAGAGCCCUGCCGGGAGCCCAAACCUUCCCUCACCACAAACACUGUCUGCACAAGUCGCUUCAAGGCCACUUAGUGUAGACUCCGAGUUUGACCUGUCUAACCACGUGACUCAGACUUGGAGGGGAGAUUACCUGUGCAAGUACUGCAGCUACGCUACCCAAAACCGUAGUGUCAUGUCCAGUCAUGUCAGAAAGCAUCUAAACUCAUCUGGUGAUCAAGGUUUAGAGGAUGAUCAAGGGACCCAGAAUCCUGCAGAAAGCAGAAUUCUACAGCGAACAACCAGUACUCCAUCCAGUGAGGGGCAAAGUGUUGGUCGUCUGUCUGUCUCACCUGCGUUUUCCAACUCAACCCCUCCACCCACCACCCCGCCACACUUCAACCUGUCCCAGCACAUCACCCAGGACUGGAGAAGUGGUGUCAUCAACUGCAACUAUUGUCAGUUCUCCACCACAGCCAAGAACAUCAUGUCCAGGCAUGUGAAGAAACACCUGCCACAAGUAGCAGCGAGUAACAGGGCCACUCCUGAUACCACAGGGUCUCCUGUAGGACAGCAGGGUGCAGAGGGACAGGCAGGGGCUGUUGAUGCAGCAGGCAGUGUAGCAGGGAGUCCAGCUGCCUUUGACCUGUCCCAACAUGCUACCCAGACCUGGAGAGGGGACUACACCUGUAACCACUGUGGCUAUGUGGCACAGUUUAAACAGAUCAUGUCCAGACACGUCAAGCAGCAUCUACAGCCUGGAAAGUCUGCCAAAGCCUUAAUGACCUUUCAGGACUUGACAGACCAUAUACAACAGACGAACCUCGCAGGGCGAGCGCUGUUCUUGUGUAAGUACUGUGAUUACCAAGCUUCCUUUAAGAGUCACGUGUCUCGGCAUGUGAAGAAGCAUUUGGCACUUGGGAUCCCCCCAACAGAGACAACAGCACAGUCAAGCGCAUCUGUCAGCCCAGCAGCCAGUGCUGUGCAGAUUCAACAGCAAAGCCCAGCAGCCAGCUCUGUGCUGAGUCCACAACAAAGCCCAGCAGCCAACACGUUGCAGAGUCAACCACAAGUGUCUGUUGUACCACCAGAGACCAACAGCAGCAGUGGAGGCAGCCGUGGAGCGUCCCCUGGUAACCCCACCGGUAGUGCCUCCAGUCCACCUCCCGACAGUAACAUUGCAGGCGUGGAUGUGGAAGGGAGGUGGUGGACCACCAAGUUCAGGUGCAAGCACUGCAGUUUCUCUACCAGAUUCAAACACCAGAUCGAGGAACACAUGCAGACUCACUCCCCUCCAAAGGCAGAGCAGGGACAACAACUUUCUCCAGGCACGAUGCUAUCCCAAGGUCCAUCACACAACAUACCAACUCAAUCGGCUGAUGUUCACCCUUCUUAUUCAACCGUCAGUCCAUCUCUACAAACUUCAACUGUCAAUUUAUCUCUACAAACUCCCAGCUCUCAAACAAGUGGUGUUGUGAACUCUUUACCGAAUGCAGUGGUCAGCUCUGCUUCAAGCACUGUAACCAGCCCCCCACCCCCAGCAGUAGUGGUCAGCCCUCCACUCCUCCCUACCAGUCCUCUCUCAAGCCACCCAGCUACCAGCGGUGCUCAGGGUGCAGCUAUGGCUGAUGCAAACACCAGUGGGAAGGUCUCAAUGACCAGGCGCUUUGUCUACUAUCAGUGCAAGUUCUGCACUUUUACUGGAGAGCGUAAAGAAGAGAUUACAAAACAUGCUGCGGAGGUCCAUCCUGGCCAGACUCCCCCUCUAACCAACCAGGGAACGCCCUACAAGUGCCCGCUGUGUCACUACUACACUCAGAGUAACUCCGCCUUGCAGGUCCACAUCAAAAGGCACAACAACAGGGACUUCCCUUACAUCUGCACUCACUGUAAGUUUGCCGGGGCCUCUCAGGAGGACCUGGAGGAACACUCCCGAAAACACAUGUCCAUGGGCAGGGGGUCCGGCCGCAUCAGGAACGUGUACUUCGCCAUCUUCAAGUGUCCGUACUGUACCUUCACCAGCCGUGUGUCCACACUGAUGCAGGGACACCUCACCACCUGGCACUCCUCGGACUCAGUCUUCCGCUUCUGCUUCAAGUGUGACAUGGAGUUCUCUACUAAUGAAGAUAUGGAAAGGCACAUGCACCUGUACCAUGGAGGAAGGGCAACGCUGCGCUACGAUAUGUACAAGCGGGACAGUCCCACCUCUGCCUCUCCAGCAAUCAGUUCUGAAGGUUCCCAGGGAAAUGACUGUGAACCCAUCCCCCUCCUGUGGAAGAGCUCGAACAGGCAAGCAGUUCAGAACCUGGAGGAGCCACUGUCUUUGGUAUCAACAGACAGCAGGACUGAAGUCGGGAGGUCACCUCCUGCACAGAGUCUAUCCCAGGCAGAUGACAGUGAUGUGGAGUUUGUAUCAGAGACUCCAGCCACAAACAGCAGUUCUGAUACUCACAUAGAGCAGUCCAAGAAGGAGGAGGAUGUGGCCACCAGGGGAGGUGUCAGUAACGAUGGAGGGGUGGUGUCCAGCAGUCAGCAAAAUAUGAAGCAGACACAUGUUGCAGAGGACACAUCUCAUGAAAGGGAACAUAGCAGUCCACUGACCAGGAGGCAGCCAAGUGUAUCUGGCCUUGAUGAUGAUGAUGAUGAUGAUGUCAUGGCGUCUCCGCCCAGUUCUCCUGACCUAAAGGCAGUUACAGACCUGAUGGAGGAACUGUCCGACUCAGAGAUCAUCUCAGAGGACAGCACAGACCCAUUUGGACACCACCACUCCUCUCAGCAUGAGAUAUCACCCUUGAAGGCUUCUUCAUCCGCCAUCUCUGGUACACCAGCUGAAGCGGCAGUGGAGAAAACAAACCAGGAAGUCACUAACAUGAACAGUGGCAGUCUUGGCAACACACAUGGGGAGCAAGAUAAUACAGACACUGAUAAAGGUGGCAGAGAUGCGGAGAAAUCAGACACGGCAGGAGGAGCUCUGAUGGUUUCAAGAGUUCACCCUUUCCAGAGUGGACUUGUGGGCAGUGUGGAACCAGCCACGAGGAGCAGCUUGCCUGGGCAGCAGAACUGGCCUGCACUGAAGGGACCAAGCACUGAUUUCCCAGCCAGUGGUUCUUCCACUCAGAAUGACAGUGAGGUGGGCAGGCAGGUGAAGGGCACAGCGCUGGUGGCGUGUGUUUCUGUAUCUCCACAGACUAACCCGUCCGUGAGUGGGAACAGCCGGAAUGACUCGGAGACCCCGGCGGGGGCCACGCCUGCGGGGUACAGGUGUAACCACUGCGGGGUGCGCUUCGGGGAUUUCCUGAUGUACAGCAUCCAUGGAGGCUUCCACCACCAGGAGAACCCUUUCACCUGUAACAUCUGCAAACAGCCAGCAACCGACAGGUACCAGUUUAACCUCCACUUCACCUCGGCCAAGCACGCCAGUCUGAUGGACAGCUCCCCCCUGGGCGCCAUGGCAGCCAGUCUUGGCGUACUCUCCCGUGGAGCCGGCGCCUCCAGCACCACCCCCGCGCAGUCCGACGCGGACCAAGGCUACCACUGUAUCCACUGUAACAUGACGUUUGAUGACUUCCUCCUCUACAGUAUCCACUCAGGCUUCCACAGCCAGCAGCACCCCUUCAUGUGUAACAUCUGUGGGCAGGACUGUGAGGACAGGUUCCAGUUUGUUAUGCACUUUGCCAAGUCGGACCACUCCUAAACCUCACCUGUCAGUCAACAUCUCAGGCAGUGUUGGGUACAUAACUUAUAAAGCUGGGGAAGCUACCCAGUCUGACCAUUCCUAAAUUUCACCUGUUGCUGAAUAUCUCAGUCAGUGUGGACUAUUGGUUACAUACAUGUAACAUUCAUGCUUAAGCGCUUGUAAUUGUAAAGCUGGAGAAGUUACCCAGUCAGACCAUUCCUAAACUUCACCUGUCGCUGAACAUUUCAAUCAGUGUGGAGUGUUGAUUACAUGAAAUUCAUGCUUGUAAAGCUGGGAAAGUUACCCAGAAGUCACACUCUGGAAAGGAUGUUGUGUACUUGAUAUGAGAAGCAGUUAAACUGCUUAUAUUGUGCCAAACUAAUGUACACAAAGUGUACAUGGUGCUUUGUAUGCAUUGGAGUCAUUCUUAAGUUGGAUAUUCCCUGAGGUGGAGUAGUGUUAUCAUGUCAAAGUUGUUAAACAAUCGAUAUUGUGGGACCCUUUUCUUUGCCUUGUGGAAUCCUAAAACUAAGAUUAUUUUUCCAGACAGAUUGUAUGAAGUGUUUAGUGUUCCCUGGUGGAUAUAUUAAAAAAAGGUUGAAAAGAACAACCUGUUAGUUUUAUAAGGUGGAAGAAAAAG